AUGGUGAGAGUUGUCCUCCCCGAGUCACAGGCUGGCCAGACCGUAGACGAAGCUGGGACAGGUGACGGGCUCUGUGACUCUGUUGGCCAGCUCGUCGACCCCCGUCCUUCUGUGGAUCCACAAGCUUUCUUGCCGGCAUCCUCGCAGCCCUUUCGACCGGCGUCCUCUUCCAGACUGUCUCGACCGGCGUCCUCUUUACGACUCACCCGACCAGCAUCCGGUCACUCUCUUGUGGGUGCUCCGCCUUCUGUGUCAACAGGUGCCAGGCGGAAGGCAGACGAGAUGCGGGCUUCUCAAGGGCUUCUUAAAUGGCCAGUAGCACAACGGACGAGGAAGAGUCAGGCUCUGAGGAGGAGGCUGCAGAGGGUCCAGCUGCCAAGAGGGAUAGAAGCAGCCAAGGAGGGAGGAGCAGGCAGGCAGGCAGGGGCGGGCGGGGAGGGCGCACAGAGAGAGCAAGCAGGGAGAGUAGUGAAUGGAAUAAACGUUCUGUAG